AUGGAGUUCCAAGAUAGCAAUCCUGGGGCACAUCAGAUCCCUAUCCUAUCUGAUGGAGAACUUAAUACAUCUGAGCAACAGCAGAAAUCAAGCCAGUAUGCAAAGCAACUUCAUGAUGCAGUGCCUGACAUAUCAGAACAGGACACUGAAUCAUUUUCAGGAUUUGAGUUUCAACUAUCUUUCAUGUGUACACCACUCGUCAAGCCACUGUCGGUGUUUAAUGCAGGUUUGAUUGUGGUGCUAUUUGCUGCAUCAUACAAGUUGUGGACAAGUGACAGUAAACACGUAGUUGUAGGCAUCUCCCCAGAUCGUGAGAUAAAUGUAAAGGACUCGAUAGCUUUUCUGCAGGAGCAGCAACAAAGCCGCGUCACCGUCUCGCCCGCCCCGCCGUGGCCGCAGGAGUCACAGCCUGAGCGCGGCGCGCUGCCCGGGCCCCGCCAUCAGCUGCAGCCUCACCAGCCUGCCGCCGAACCUCGUGCGGGCAGUGCCCGACCCCCAGGCAGUAGUUUUACAGGUAAAGUGAAGACGUAUGAAGAACCGUUGGAGGCGAAAAAUUUGACUGCUUGGCUGGAACGUAAACACCGUGAAGAGUUGAGAAAGAAGCAACAAGAGUUGGCCAAGCAGCACGCGGAGCAGCUGCGGCGCCAGCAGGAGGAGGCGGAGCGGCAGCGGCGCCAGCAGCAGCUACAGCAGCGCCGCCGCGAGCAGGCGGCGCGCCAGCGGCAGCAGCAGGAGGCGAAGCGCAGACGCGCCGAGCAGGCCGCGCUGGCAGAGCGCGAGCGCCAGGCCGCCGAGCGCCAGCGCCGCGUGCACGAGCUGCAGCGCCGCAAGGACGCGCAGGUGGCGCGCGCGCGCGCCGAGGACGCCGCCAGCAAAAGAGCGCAGCGCGAGGCCGAGGAGCAGCGCAGCCGGCAGGAGGCCGAGCGGCGCGCGCGCCACGACCAGUACCUGCGCCGCAAGGCCCAGAGGGAGGCGCUCGCCCGCGAGCAGGAGCGCCAGCGCGCGCAGAAGGAAGCAGAGGAGAAAGAAGAGCAGGAAAAGCUUCGUAAAAUUCUGCUACAGCAGUGUAACAGAAAGAAAGCAGAACGUCUUCAGCAGCAGAGAAAAAAACAGCAGGCGAAACAACAACUGGAAGCCAUUCUCUUGCAACAGCAGCAGGAGUACCAGAAGAUGCUGCAAGCUGCGCGUGAGGCCCGAUACAAAGAGUUGAAAAAUAAGAAUCAGAGGAACACUGGGAAACCCCAUCCUGCUAUAAAUCUUGCAGAAUUUUAUCAAUUUGAUGGGUAUGUUAAUCCCAUCCCUUGGCAAACAUAGACCACAAGUGAUAAUGUGAUUGAUGAAAGUCAGAUUCCAAAUUAAGUGUAUAUUACUGUAAUAUCUUCCACAAAAAAUUAUUUGCAUUAAAAUACUAUGU